AUUACGAAUUUAAACUGAUGUGUUUGCUCUAUGUAUGCAGUUUUGUGUUGAUGAGUUAAUUGUUAUUAUUGAUCAAAUCUUUGCAUGUUGGUUGGUCAUUACUUACUGUUUAUCCGCAAACGUAAAAUAUGUACGAGAUUUUUGGAAACGGGGAAGCAGUUACUGUUCGUAAGAAUAAUAGUAUUCCGAAGCCGCAUCUUAGCAGUUCUAUACCUAUCAAAGGUGAGCUAAAUCAGAAAUUGAGACCUCUGAGUUUAGGAAGCAGCAAAAUAGUUCUUGGCGAUGUCAGCAACAAAGUGAAAAAUACGCUUACAGCAGAUACUCAGUCCCAUCUGCGUUCCCUGUCACCUAACAAAUCAAUAAAGAAAACUUUGUUUUCUGAAGGUCAUAUCCAUGGUGACCAUUCAGCGAAGGAAUCUGGUAUUCAAAUCAGUAAAAGGGACAAGUCUCCUAAGAAAGUAAAGACCCAGUUCACUCCAAAGCCAACAGCCAAGAGUUCAACUCUUGGGGCAACAAAAGUUUCAAUAUUUGUAGAUACUUGGAAUGAUGGUUGUCAGGAACCAUCAGAUCCCGAAUUAGAUGAAGUAUUUCUUCACAAUCAGAAUGAAUUGGAUACUUGUGACCUGGAAGUAUCGCCACAGAAGAUCUAUGGGUGCUGUGAAGGAUGUGAGACACCAGAUGAUAGUGCUGGUGGUUGGUUGCUGGAACCUUUGUGGGAUAAUAAAGACGACCUUGCUAGGAUAAUUAAUCUGGAACCAAGCCCUGAGAUAGAACCAGACUUUCCAGGUGUUGAACAUUUCAGUGCACAAAAUCCAACAGAUGAAAAUAAUUUUGAUGAACUUUUUGAAGUGGAUGACUCUUGCUACCCAGAGCCACUCAUUGAUGAUGUCCCUUUGGCAGACUUGGAGUGGUGAAGUCUUUUAAAAACCUUAAUAUUAAAUUGAAUUAGUAGCUUUUAGUAAUCCCAAAAAAAAAAAAAAAAUUCUUAAACGUGUAAAUUUGUAAACAGUUGACAGAUGAACUAUAAUGUAGUGCAUGUACAGUAUUUUUUAAUUAUGUAAGCUGUUUGUGAUAAUAAAGUAUUUACAAUUAG